AUGUAUUGUCAGUGGAUCAUCCUCGCCCCAUGGGCGCUUCAGAAUCUCCUGAACGACUGGUAUCCGUCCAAUACGGAGGACGUCCCAAGCGUUCUCAAGUACAGUACAGGCAGAAACCAGAGAGAUGGGUCCUCUGCAACCUUUGUCAACCGGUCGACUUACUCUCCGACCGUGACCGUCGUGGACACUUUCGAACCCAGGUCUUGA